GAUAGCGAGAAAUGGUCGUCAUCGUUGGUUUUGGACUUUCUCGACCAAUUUCCUUCACGCACGAAGAAAAAACACACAAACUUUUGAUUUCUUUUGAAAUUGCUAUGAUUUGGAUAUGCUAUUUUCGUAGAUUAAUGAUUGUGUGCAUUUGUUGUUGGACAGCCCAACCAGAAGUUCGGCGUUUGAUAAAUGCGCUUUUUUUUGUCGGCAGAAAAAAUAUAAUAAAUAUAUUAGAGAAUAAGUGAGUUCAUGACACAGCCAUAAAAAUUCAUGUCGAGCGUUAAACCAGUAUUAUUUUCGGGUAUUUCAUGAGUUGAACCGAGAUGCCAGUGUACGUAUUAUGUUAUCUUUCUUCAUGUGCCAACAGCUGUGUGUAUUACCUAUCGUCGUCGUCAUCGUCAUCGUCUACUACGUGCAGUCAACGAUUUGCAUAGUUUGUGUCGGAAAGUGUGGCCAGUCCGUGCGCUGUUGUAUGUUUUUACCAGUUGAUCGUAAGACCAGCCAGUGUCUUUACUUCGUCGAAAGUUAAUCAGUGCGGCGCACGUUUAUUUCGUUCAGUUGAACGUGGAACGACGAACUGUGCAGACAUACAAAUUCCUUCGGCGCAGUAACAGUAACCUGCGCACUAUUAUCGAUGUCUUCUCAAUCAAUUGUGUUCAAUAUUUUUCAUCGAUUUUAACCAUCGAACUUGUGUGAUUCGAAAAUUUGGAACAAUUUUUUAAAGACAACAUUUUUUUUUGAAAUAAAAUUAACAGAAAAAAACGAUUGUAUAAUCGUUUAGUGAAUUCGAUGCUAAUAGGAAAAAAAUAGACAAACUGUUGUCAUGAUGAAUUUGGUUUAAAAGUGAUCCCAUUUUUUUCACAUAAUAAUUUGAUUUUGUGCUAAAUUUGUUUUAUUUUCUUAUUGAUUUUUAUCGAUUUGCUUCAAAAGUUUAAUACGUUAUAUUCGACGAACGUGUGUUCAAAAAGCAGGCCAUAAAUUUGUUUUAACUGCUCUCAUCAUUUCUUGCAGUUUAAUUUCACAACGGCACACCGUACGUGCAAACAAAACUCUUGAUAUACAUGCACAGAGAAAGAUAUAACUUUUCGACCAGAAAGAAAAAGUGAAAGAGCAUACAACUGGUUUUAUUUUUCUCAAUCGACGGCGGCAGCUCAACCUUAAGCAAUAACGAAAAUAUAUAUAUAAAAAAAAAACAAAGAAGUCCAUCGUUCGUAUACUAAAUAAUUGAUAUAAAAAAAUAAGAAACGCACACAGAUACCAACAGCCGUCACAUCUGAAAAUUUUUCUCGCUUUUUUUUUCGAAUAAACGUUAUGUAAAAUGUUGUAAUACAAAAGAUAAAUAACGUGACUAAAACGAGACUGUGAAAGAGAGAAAGAUAUCAACGAGAAUCGCCAACACACAAUAACAACAUCAAGUGAUCGAAGAAAAUCCAUCAUUUUUUCGAAAGAAGAAGAAAAGAGAGAAAAAAAAGCGUAUGAAAGAAAAGACACAAAUUGGAGCCAUCCAAGUGAAGAAUAGAGUAUUGGCAAUAAAAUGACAUCUCACACGGAAUAUAUUAAAAACGUAUAAAGUGCAAUCAAUUAAUCGCCGAAAAAGCAGCAGCAGCACAUUCCAUCGGAAUAUACUCGAUCCGGAGGGAGACCGCGUUUAAACCAAAGAUAUUUAUUCUACAGAAAAUACUUUGAUUUGAUCAAAACCACAUCGCGCUUCAUAGUGAUUUAGAAUAAUUUAUCCAAUUUCCAAACAGAAAGAAGGAGAAAAAGUUUAGUUAAUUUUUUUUUUUGGAAUUUAAAAAACAAUCAAUUGUUUCAAAAUGUACGGUUUUGAUAUUCGGACUGCAUUUAUGGUGCUACUUGUAGCCGUGCAUAUAUUUGGUGAUAGUGUAUCGCAUCAAAGUCAUCACAGCAACGCCACAUCGGCUACACACAAUCAUCACAACAGUUCAACAACAGAACGUAGCAGCUCAUUAGAUGUUAGUGCUCAUGGAUCGAAACACAUUCAGACUGUGCCAUUGGUUGCUGAUCAUCCAUCACAUCAAGUGAUUACGGGGCAAUCGGAUAAUUUUACGCAUUUGGUGCGAUUGCAAGAUGUGCUCACGGUGUUCGACUUGAAUGAAUUGGCAGCCAAAUGGUCGAAAAUUCAGCAUGAAUUCAAAUCGAAGUGCGUUCAUGAUAUGACCGAGUAUUUCCGUGGAUUGCAACACCACAAAAUGUGGGCUAUAAAAAUGGAUGACGCUUCGGGACACUACACCACCGGUUUGUUCUACGGCAACAACUAUUGGAUUGGAUCGUUGUCAUUAUGUAAAUCCAUCUACAAAGAAAAUCCAACGAGUUCACCAGGCAUAGUACGAACUCGACAAGCAAAGGAUGAGAUUUCAUUUAACGAUGCCUACAAUCCAGCAACAACGUUGCCUCACGAAAAUCCACCAUUCCUGCCCGGUUUCUUUGUCCUCAAAGUAAUAAUCAAUGAAACUGAAAUCGCAAAAUACCCACGAACAAUUCGACUUGGAAUUUGUUUACCAUCUGCAUGUUCAUUGGAUGAAGUUUCACACAUGGCAUUGUCAUCACAAAAACCAAUGAAUCAUCGCUCUUUGGAAAUCGCAUUCGUUCGGUCACCAACACAGAAUCCAUACGACUAUUGGAACGAUACAACAUUUGUUAUUUUAGUUGUCGUUUCAUCGAUUGUCUUCGCACUCAUGGCUGUUGCAACUUUGUACGAAUUGUAUCUAAAACGUGCCAAACGAGCAUUGGAAAAACGAAGCAUACGAAAAGACGAUGAGGCAACCGAUUCUUCAUCUAGCAUUGAAACAACAUAUGCUUUUAGAAGUUCUGUUCCCAAUAAAAAUGAUUUGCCCAUUGGCAUUGUAAUUCCGCAUGGCAUGAACAACAACAAUUCCGAUGAGAAUUUGGCCGAUGUUUCGAUAAAUAUUGCGAAAAAAGAAAGUGUUUGGUGCCGACUGCUGUUGUCAUUCUCAGUCAUCACCAAUUUCAACGUGAUCUGUGAUCGAAAAGUGGGCAGUGACACCGUUCCAUGUAUCCACGGGCUGCGAGCCAUCUCGAUGGCCUGGGUCAUUUUAGGUCACACAUGUAUUAUUGUCUUCAAAUAUGCCGAUAACAUGGAGCUACGCAAAGUGGUUGAGAAAGAGUUUUGGUUCCAAACUAUUUCAAAUGGCACAUUCAGCGUUGAUACUUUCUUCUUCAUUAGCGGUUUUCUCGUUUCGUAUAUCUACUUCCGGAAUGAUCAUAAGGGCAAUUUGGAUCCGCUGUCACAAGGUGUCGGUGAAGUUACUGCGGGCAUAUUCCAUUUCUUCGGCUUGAUUGGCUAUCGUUUUGUUCGGUUAACUGCACCGUAUAUGUUUGUGUUGGGACUCGUUGAAGUCGUUAUGAAAUAUUUCCAUCAUAAUUCCGUUUUUGAAACGCCUACGCUGGAUCAUGAAAACUGUCCAAACUAUUGGUGGCGUAACAUUCUUUACAUAAACACUAUGUUCCCUGUCGAACAAAUGUGCAUGCUAUGGAGUUGGUACUUGGCUGAUGAUACCCAAUUUUUCAUCGUUGGAGCAUUCAUUCUUAUCAUUGCUGUCAAGCAUUUCAAAGUGGCUUCAACCAUGCUGAUUGCAUUCGUAGUAUCAUCUUGGGCAACAACCAGUCUAAUUGCCUUCCAAAACAACCACAUUCCAAACACUGACGAUCCACUUGCAUUAUUCGAUAAAAUUUACGACAAACCAUGGACACGCUUGGGCCCCUAUAUGGUUGGCAUGUGUGUCGGUUGGUUCUUAUUUGAAUAUACCAAAGGAAAUCGCAAGAUCCGCAUGAGUCGUACCACGCUGGUUGUUGGCUGGUUUUCAUCCAGUUUCUGUUUGCUUUGGUUGAUCUAUGGUCUGUACAACGUAAAAUUGGGUGCAUUCAGUGCAGCUGCGUACAGUUCAUUGAGCCAUUCGGCGUGGGCCAUGAGUUUGGCAUGGAUCGUUAUUGCAUGCUCAUCCGGCUAUGGAGGUUAUGUUGACAAGAUUCUCUCCGCACCCAUCAUUUAUCCAUUCUCCCGAGUCACUUACUGUGCAUAUUUGGUGCAUCCAAUUGCUAUACGCUUCGUGUCACUUAAUUCGGAUGCCACUUUGCAUUUGGGCAGCGACUCAAUGAUUGUGCUCUUCUUUGGUCAUAUGAUACUGUCGUUUUUGCUAGCAUUCGUUAUUUCAUUGUCAUUCGAAGCACCGGUUGUGACGAUGCUGAAAAUUCUGUCGCCAAGUCGAGAAAAAAUUCCCAAACCAAAUCAUCCAGAGAAAAUUUUAGAUAAAUAAGAAUUGAUGAGAACAUUUUAAUUAUUUUAUUUGUAAGAAUUUAGGAAAAUUCAUAAAAUGUAUUUAAGUAAGGCACCCUCCCCCAUGUGUAUGUACGACAUGUCAAAUCAGCUUCUUAAGGCGCAUCAAACAGACCAGAGAGAAUAAUACUUGCCGCUGUAGAAGCACACAUCCAGAGAAAUUCAGAAGUGAUGUGCCAAUGAAUUGAGUUGUUCGAUAUUUAAUAUGUCGUUGUGAAGUUUUGUAUUAAAUUAAAAGAAAAACAAAAACCGUUCAUCUAAAUUAAUUUAAAGCCCAAUUGAAGGUAAUCAUUUUAUUGCGAUAAAGAAUAAGACCCUUCAUUUGUAAGCUACUCCUUUAAAAUAAAUCCAUUGAAACAA